GUAGUCUAAUUAGUUGCUAAUUGCCUUUCCAAAAAGCUUUUAAAAUAAGAAUUACUGUAUGAUGAGGAGAAGCUGUUAGACAUGCAGCCAAAAAUCAUGCCAACCCCAACACUAAGGUUGGUUAUGCGCAGGUUAUGCAUGAUAAUUGCUUUUAUGAUGCUCAUGAUAGCAAUAACAUCAUCGUCAUCAUCACCAGUUCCAUCAACAAUUGGAUCUCUUCUGUUUCAUCUCCAACAAGAUCAGGCGGAAAGGGGCAAAGAACAGUACCAGGUUCAACCAGAGAUUAUGCAAGAAGACUAUGGCAUGUGGGAUCCCACACCCAACUGUGAAGGAGGUCACGCGGUUCGUUAAUCCACGUUCUGCGUUUCCCGCGUGCGUACAUUGAAAUAGCCGUUUCAUACCUCCCAUUCUUUCGGCGAAGUCGGUGCGAUCUUGAAAAGCCCAAGAGACUAUUGAUUCAUGGAGACCUGGUUAUUGACGUCCACGCAGCGGUACGCGUCGGCCGCUCUGUUUGCGCUCGCUCUUCACCAGUCUCAGGUUCACCAAACACAGCCUUUGCAUCACUUAGUCCCUCUAGAAGAGGAGGCAAUCGGUGAAGGGGCCAGCGAUGGAAAGAACGCUUCGGUCUCUGAGGAUCCUCAACUUUGGGUCCACGAAAAAUCUGGCUUGCUUUGGCAUGUCUUCAGGUUUCUUGGAGUGGACGGCCAAGCCGGGCAUGGUUUGAAAGAUACCGCAGGGACUUCCUCUCAAGUCCGUCAUCAUGUUGGAGCGUUCUUGAUGCUACUAUCAGAUGAAAGUGAUGGAACAUCAUCAGAAAGAACUGACAAGGAACUUGCUUUGACAAAAGCUGUUGAUGCUAUGGUGCUUAGUAUGGAAUGCUUCCCUUGUUCCUCUGAGGACCACGAUGAGAGUAAUGAAGAUGAGAAAAAUUCCAAUUUUGAGAUAGAAUCAACUUCUGAUGUGGCUGCAGAGCCUUAUGAAAUUACACAGAAAACAAGUUCCAAUAUUUCCUCUAAAGAAAAGGAUUCUAUUGGAUCCAGAGGCGAGACUUUUGAGAAACUGAUGGAAGAGGGAGCAAGGCUCAGUUAUCAGAGGAAAGUGACAGUUCUUUAUGUGCUUCUUUCAGCUUGUAUUGCAAGGAAUACUAACGAUGACAAGAGGUGUUCUCAACUAGGAAUGGGCUAUGAUGCUCGACACCGUGUGGCUUUACGGUUGCUGGCAAUGUGGCUUGGUGUUGAAUGGAUAAAAAUGGAAGCCAUGGAGAUUAUGGUUGCUUUCUCUAUAAUUGCUUCAGAGAAAGAGGAUGGUGCAGAGGAAAAAAAAUCUGAAAUUUCAGAGAGCUCUUGGGAUAAAUGGAAGAGGGGAGGUAUCAUCGGUGCUGCUGCUUUAACUGGAGGCACCCUAAUGGCCAUCACCGGUGGCCUAGCUGCUCCGGCUAUUGCUCAAGGUUUGGGUGCUAUUGGAUUUGCUGCUGCAGCAAGUGCCACAGGAUCCGUUGCUGGUUCUGCUGCUGUAGCUGCAUCAUUUGGAGCUGCGGGAGCUGGUCUUUCAGGGAGUAAAAUGGCUAGAAGAAUUGGAAGCAUUGAAGAGUUUGAGUUCAAAACAAUUGGAGAAAAUAUUAACCACGACCGGCUAGCAGUUGGAAUUAUGGUUUCUGGACUGGCUUUUGAGGAAGAAGAUUUUAUAUCUCCUUGGAAGGGCUACAAUGAUAAUCUGGACAGGUAUGCACUCUGGUGGGAGUCCAAGAACUUGAUUGCAUUGAGUAGUGCGAUUGAGGACUGGCUUGCUUCAAGACUUGCAUUGCAGUUAAUGAAAGAAGGUGCCAUGAUGACUGUGCUAAGCGCACUUGUUGCAGCAUUGGCCCUGCCAGCUACAUUAGUUACGGCAUCUGACCUUAUAGACAGCCAAUGGGCAAUUGCUGUGGACAGGUCAGAUAAAGCUGGGAAGUUGCUUGCUGAAGUAUUGUUGAUGGGAUUACAUGGAAACAGGCCUGUGACACUGAUCGGUUUCUCUUUGGGGGCUCGAGUAAUUUUUAGAUGUCUCCAGUGUUUGGCUGAUACAGAAGGAGAUAAUGCUGGACUUGUAGAAAGAGUUGUUCUUCUUGGAGCACCAGUUUCAAUUAAAGAUGAAAAUUGGGGGGAUGCUAGAAAGAUAGUUGCUGGCAGAUUUGUGAAUGCUUAUUCUUCAAAUGAUUGGAUACUUGGAAUUAUUUUCCGUGCAAGUUUACUUUCUCAAGGUUUAGCUGGUAUUCAAGCUGUUGACAUACCCGGGAUUGAAAAUGUUGAUGUAACACAUAUCAUAGAAGGCCACUCUUCUUAUCUCGGGAAGACCACACAAAUCUUGGAGCAGCUGGAACUAGAUUCUUACUCCACUGUUUUCAGCCGCACACAUUCCAAAUCCCAGGAAGAGUGCUCUUAAUCUAGAUCUCACUUUUUUGCAUUGCUCUUACGCUUCCAACAUUUUUCCCUAUCACUCUUUUCAUUAUUUAAUCUGUAAUUUAUUGUCUCUGAAAUUAGCCCUAUAAGUUAUUGAACGAUGCCUGCUAAUAAACAGUUGUUUGAAACC